UGGGUGAAAACCCCAACCCUUAUUUCCAAAAUCCAAAAUUCCAACCGCAAUUUCAGCAUACUGCCCGAACAGUGUGAGCAAGCAAGAGCAAUUAGCAAAGGGUGUAGUGUAAAUGUGUAAUCCUCCCACUCUCUCUCUUGAAAAUGGUCGUGUGUAAGUGACCUGGUAUUCUCAUUUUCAAAACCCCACCUUUCUCUCUCUCUCUUACCCAGUCACUCUCUUUCAACAAAACUGCUUUCCAGCCCCCUCUUCCUUUGAUUUUUGAUUCAAAAAUCAAAUCUUCCCACUACAACAAAAUUACCCAAUUGUCUUUACAUUUUACAACAAAACCGAAUCAGUUAUCUCUCAAUUCUUUUGUAAGAUCGUGGGGGUUUUUUGGAUUUUUUUUAAUUUCUGAUUUUCUGCACUACCCAGAAAAUUGAAAAAUUUCCCUUACCCUCAUUUCUUCUGUAUUUGUUCCAGAUCGAGUUGGUUAAUGUUGCUGUAAUUUCCAGUUCAUGAUAUGAUGCUUGGACUCGGAUGCGGGUGUUAGACUCGGGCAUGGAUCCGAGUGCCGGGUAUCUAUCCUGAAAAUAUCAAUUGCUACCUGUAGCAUCUAUUAUUUGCUGAGAGAUGAACUUAUCGUGUCCUGAAUCAGAGUUUGUUGCGAAGUAUUAGCCUCAGUGAAAUGGAGGAUGAUUUUACAGUUGAGUGGGUGAUGUCGAAAAGAGGGGAGACUUAGUGCACAAAGCUUCCUUUAACUUGGAGUAAGAGAGAGGCCUUGAAUGCAGAAAACCUAGUACAAUGGAGCGAUUGACUUACCAUUGCGUCGAGUUGAUGAUGGAUGCUGACACUGAUAUUCGUGCUAGUAUGGCUGGGGUUGUUGAUCAGAAUGGUGCUCGGUAUGAUUGCCAUGACUUGGUAGAGGAAGACGUUGCAGUUGAGGUCAAUGGAAUUCCUGAAAGCAGUACGGCGGGUGUAGGUAUUGAUUCUUCCACCCAAGAAGUGGAAGAGAUAACUAUUGCGCAUGUGGAAAACACUGGUUUCCCAGCAUCUGAGGACGUGGAAACAGCAAGUGCCGACGUGAAGGAUCCCAAAGCACAAAACAAUCGAGGCAGGGGCAAAAUUGAGAAGCCUUUAAACACAAAAAAGGCGGCGGUGACAUCAGUCAAGAAGAUCACCAACAAUAAAGAAGUGAAGGCAACUACUAAUGGUACUUUGUCGGCAAAACCACAGCCAAAACAGCCUAUUGUAAAGACUAAAUCUUUUACUGAUCGUAAUGCUACUAAUAGUAAUCCAAGCAAGACCUCAAAACCCGUAUCUGCGGCAAGUGAUGCUCAAAAAGCUAAGCAGCCGGAGAAGUUUGAAAUGAUGCCUGGCUCUGAAACUUCGGUGCAGUAUGAAGCCCCUGUGGUGAAGCCAAAAUUGAAGCCCCUGAAGAAAGAACCUCCAGCUAAAAGUGAAGGAAAUGGAGAAUCUUCUGAAAGCCCCACUACAGCAGAUGCCAGGGCCCGAAAAGAGGGUAAACUUCCAUCUUAUGGUUUCAGCUUUAGGUGUCAUGAACGGGCUGAGAAGAGAAGAGAGUUUUAUACCAAACUCGAAGAAAAAAUACAUGCGCUAGAAGAAGAGAAAAAUAACCUGAAGGAGAGGUCCAAGGAAUCUCAAGAGGCUGAGAUUAAGAUGCUUCGGAAAAGUUUAAAUUUUAAAGCAACGCCAAUGCCUAACUUCUACCAGGAACCUGCACCUCCAAAAGUUGAACUGAAGAAGAUACCAACUACACGACCAAGAUCGCCCAAGCUGGGUAGGAAGAAGAACCCAUCCUCAGUUGAAGCUGAAGAAGAAGGGGACCAAAACCAACGACUUGGAAGGCUAAGUCUGGAUGAGAAGGUGGUUUCACAAACCAACAACCCAAGCAAAGGAGCUUCCCCUGUUCAGUCUAAACGGCCUCAGAGGAAGUCCCUUCCUAGAUUACCGUCUGAGAAGACACGCUUAUCGAAGAAUGCUAAAGUGCUGGAUCAUACAGUUAAUGGGACGCCACCUAUAGCGCGUGCGGAGGAGGAUAUUCCUCUGUCUAACACAGAAUCUGCACCUAUUGCCCGCGUGGAAGAGGAAGUUUCUCUCUCUAACCCAGGUCCUACACCGACUGCUCACGUCCAGCUCAUUUUGGGUGACAUGGGUGAAGAUCAUUUUGGAAUUGAGAACAGGCCUAUUAUUGAAGAUCAAGUCCAGCUCCCAGUCGAGCAAGAAGCUGUAUCAGAACAUUGAAGAAGAAGAAGAAGCUUGGGGUGCAGUUGGAUUGGAUUCAUUCGCCUCCACGAAGUGUUGGCUUAGUAGAACAUGAACAUGAAUAUGAAUAUGAAUAUGAAGCAGUUUGUCCAUAGUUUGGUGAGGUUUGCUUUUUAGAUUGCCAGUCUGGUCGCUUAAUAGUCUGCAUUUGCACCCUCUCUGGAUUGUCUGAUCACUGCUUUUUCUGAGUUGUUUGUUCUUUUGAAUCUAUUACUCUUAUUAAGUACUGUUUUAGUGAUCUGCCAUUGAAGUGUGGUUUGUGGGUAAAUUUUGGGAUUCUCUCGUUCUCGUUCUCGUACACCAGUUGUAGUUUUAUGAUACAUAAAGUAGCUUAUGGGGGGGAUGACUAAAUUGGUGUAGUUUGCAUUUGGAACAAUGUUUUUAUUUAUUUAUAAUGUUUAUUCUUCGGUUCUUCCAACA